AUGAUGCUCCACAGAGGAUCUGCAACACAGCUGAUGCUCCACAGAAGAGCGCUCCAGGCGUUGGGCUCGUCGUUAAGGCCGAAAAGAUGGGCCAGCAACAGCUUCAAAGUGCUGACGGUGGUGGGGUCUCAUGAGGUUCAAGACAUGUUUCGUGAUAUUGGCACUAAUAGCACUGCAAAAGGGGUCAUGGAAGAAGAUAAGGUGUAUCCAUCACCUUAUGAUAUUUUGUCAAAACAUCAAACUGCCUCGUCAAUCCUCAAAAUCUGGUCUUUGCUCGACGCUUUGCUUAACCAAGAGCAAUUCCAUCGUAGUUUGAAAUUGAUUGACACAUUAUACAAGAUCACCAAUUUUGAAAGUGCCAGUUCCGCCGCUACAUUUAUUGACGCUUUCAACAAGUACUUGUUUGCCUGGACCCAGUCGGAGAUUGUCGAAAUGGAUGAGGUUAACCAUUUCCUUAAAAGAUCAAAGGCAACUUACCCAAAAAUGUUUCUUGACGGCCGUACUGUGGCGAUUUUAACCAGAGCCGCAAUUGAUAAGGCUGAAGGUACCAGUUAUAGACAAUUUCUCAAGCUGUGGGUCAGGGAUGGGAAGCCGAUUAUUGAAGUUCUUAACAACGUAGACGUGCUUACCAUCGUCAACUUGAAGAAGAUCUACGAGGAUUUGAAGUUAAAUGUCAAUGAUUUCCCAAAACAGUAUCGUGAAUUGGUGACCGGCGCCGAGAAUAUCUACAAAAUUGAUAACGCUGCUGUGAGCAAGCAAUUGGAAAAAGAUCCGAUGGCCCAAGAUGCACAAGAGCUAUCCUCAGCAGAAGUUCCUCCAACAUUACAAAAGUUGGGAUAUGACGAACUCAAGGCCGUUGACUCCUUUGGAUUAAAGGUUAUCAGACAUAGUUUGCUCGCAUUGUCACUUUCAGGCGGUAAAGAUUUUGCCGAGAAAAUCCUUUCAAACUUAGAACAUCCUGAGGACUAUGUGAACACUGACCUGCAAACCAUAGAUUUCUUCAAAGUUUAUAAAUCUUUGAAAACUGAUAAAGAUAAGCAGUUAUUCCAUAAGCUUUUGGAUGAUUUCAAUCAUGAAAGACAACGUCAACUUGAAGCCAGAACCAUUGAUGGGGCAGAGCAAAGUUGGAAACACACAGCAGAAGAAUCAAAAAAGCAUGGAGGUCUUAUGUUCAAAGACAAACAGAUCAAUGUUUUGCUAUGGAAAUGGUUUAAAGAUAUGCUCCCAUUGGUUCAGGAAGAUGUUGAAUUAUGUAAAAGAUACAGCGAUCUCACUAAAGGAGGGAUUCUCAGUAGGAGCGAAAUAUCCUCGAAUUUCACCCCUGCGGAAUAUGCCAAAAUAAAACCACACUUGGACAUCUGUUCGAUUUUUACUUUAAUAUCCCCAGAAAAAAUGACGGUAAUUACUAUUCUUGAGAUGCUUAGAUUGGCUUCUACUGGUGGUGUGGUUGAUGGUAUGAAGACCACCAGGGCAGUCAUGAGUAUUGGUAAGGCCAUUGAAUACGAAUAUAAAUCUGAAAUCGUUUUGAAAAAAGAAGGUGAGGCAUUUAAAGGUAUGAGUCAAGGUGAAAAAAGUCAACGUUUAAGAAAAAUGAUCCAAAGAUCCCAAGCCUCAUUACGUGAUACUAUGUUGGGCGAUGAAAUUGACUGGCCAACCACUGUUAAAGCUAAAGUAGGAUCUCUCCUCAUUAGUGCAUUACUCAAAGUUGCGAAAAUCUCCGUCACUGCUAUCGAUCCAAGAACUGGUAAAGAGGUCACCGCUGAAGUGCCGGCGAUGAGCCAUACUUAUCAAUAUUGUUUGGGGACAAAAUUGGGGAUUAUACGUCUCCAUAAGAAUCUUUUAACUCAAUUAGGUACCCAAAAUCUACAGUAUUCCAUCUACCCACAAUCCUUGCCAAUGUUAACCAAGCCAAAGAAAUGGACUACCUUUAAUAGCGGUGGGUACGAAUUUUCUAGAAACAAUAUUAUUAGAAGCAAGAAUUCACCAGAACAAAUGGCAUACAUUAAGGCAGCGUCUGCCAGAAGUUGCUUGGACAAAGUUUAUGAAGGUCUUAAUGUUUUGGGUGACACUGCUUGGACCGUAAAUGAGCGUGUUUUGAAGAUCUUGACUACUGUUUGGAACAGCGAAGAAGAAUUUUUGGCCAUUCCAAAGAUCCUUAAGGAUAUAGAGUUUCCUCCAGUCCCGCCAAGAGACUGUGACCCAAUUGUCAAGAGAGAUUGGCAAAGAGCCUCUAGGCAACUUGCUAAUAUCUAUAGUACUAACAGAUCUCUGCGUUGUGAUACCAAUUAUAAACUUGAGAUUGCUAGAGCUUUUGCCGGUGAACGGUUUUAUUUUCCACAUAAUUUAGACUUUAGGGGUAGGGCCUAUCCGAUAACUCCUCAUUUUAAUCAUUUGGGUAAUGAUUUGAGUAGAGGGUUGUUGAUUUUCUGGGAAGGUAAGAAGUUGGGUCCAAAAGGUUUAUUUUGGUUGAAGGUCCAUUUGGCUAAUUUGUUUGGUCAUUCCAAAUUACCAUUUUCUGAAAGAGUCGCUUUUGUGGACGACCAUAUGAAAGAUAUCGAGGCUUCGGUUACCGAUCCUUAUAAUAAAAAGGCAUUUUGGCUCACAGCAGAAGAUCCUUGGCAAGCGUUGGCGGUGAUGUUUGAAGUUACUGAUGCCUUGAAACUUGAUGAUCCAGCAGAAUUUGUUUCCCAUCAACCAGUCCAUCAAGAUGGUACUUGUAACGGCUUGCAGCAUUAUGCCGCAUUAGGUGGUGAUAUCGAAGGUGCUAAGCAAGUUAAUUUGAUUGCAAGUGAAAGGCCACAGGAUGUUUAUAACCAUGUGUGUAGUAUUACAAAAAAAUUGUUGAAAAUAGAAUCGGAGAAGGGUGAAGAGGAUGCAGAAAAAAUUUUGAAGGUCAUUGAUCGUAAAGUUAUUAAACAAACGGUGAUGACAAAUGUCUACGGGGUUACUUACAUUGGCGCUACCCAGCAAAUUAGAAAACAAUUGAAAAAUUAUUUUUCAGACCCUGAUGAGGCCCAUCGUUUAUCACUUUACUUAACAAGAUUUGUGUUUGAAUCCAUUCGUACAUUAUUUUCCGGGGCGAAUUUGAUUCAAACUUGGCUUGGGGAAUCUGCUAGAAGGGUCACCAAGUCUACCAAUUUAAUGGACAUCCCAGAUGAUGAGUUUGAAGAAACUCAAGCUGACUUGCACAUGAGUUCUGUUAUUUGGACCAGUCCUUUGGGUUUGCCUGUUGUUCAGCCAUACAGACAAGCUUGUAAGAAGCAAAUUGCCACAAACAUCCAGACCUUGUUCUUACAAGAUCCAUUCGAAUUGAACCAGGUUAGUUCUAGCAGACAGCUCAAUGGGUUUGCUCCGAACUACAUCCAUUCUCUUGAUGCUACCCAUAUGUUAUUAUCAUCAAUUGAAUGUGGGAAAAACGGGGUCACUUUUGCUUCAGUUCACGAUUCUUAUUGGACACAUGCUUCCAGCGUUGAUGAAAUGAACGAAAUUUUGAGAAGCUCAUUUGUUGAAUUGCAUCAAUUGAACUUGAUUGAAAAACUUAAAGAAGAAUUAGAGACUAGAUAUAGCGCUAAUUUAUUGAUGGCAAAGGUUCCGAGAAACAAUCCUAUUGUCGAAAAGGUUGUGCGGUUGAGAAAUGAAAUGAAGGGGAAGCACGUCCUGGAUAAAAAGAAAAAGGGAUUCACUUUCAAACAGGAACUUGCAUUAGAAAGAGAGCGUUUCAAGAAAUUGCAUUCUGGUGACCCUGAGUUGAUUGCAGAAGCCCAAGCGAUGGAAACCACUGUUUCUAUAUUGACUGACGACGAGAUUAGAGAAUUGUACGGUUUAUGGAAUACCGUUCAAAAGGAACGUCAGAUAUCGAUCAAGAAAAAACCAAAGCUGAAAUCUGGCGGUAGUGGAGAAAUGGUAAGUGAAAACACUGAAGAGAUGAGUAUUACCGAGGAAGAUGAGACUGCCACGGGCAAUACCACAGUGCUUUUACCAUUUAGGUGUCCAGCAACACCACCAAGAGGUGAUUUGAAUGUUGAGGAAGUUAUUAAAAGUAAAUAUUUCUUCAGUUGA